AUGCUUGCGGUCUCGACGCCUUCGAUCGAUAGCAAUCAACGUCGCCACCGAGGCGUUCCGUUCGCUAGUCAUCGACCCACUUCGUGUUCACGUCGUGCGGUAGCAACGACUGCGGCUGCGUCGUCGGCCAACGACCGGAAGCAUCGUACGCAUUACGACGACCACCAGGUCGAGUCAGACGUGACGGUCGAGAACCGUAUGUCGCACAAAGUCCCACGUAGAGCGCUCAUAUCGUGGCGUGAUGUGCUCGUUUUUCGUCUGGUUACGUCUCGUUCGCUUGAUGACGACUUGGAGAGUGAUGACGACUCGUGGGACGAGAGCGAGGACGAGAGACUGAACGAGGACGAGGAGGACUGUAGUGAGGCAGGAAACUGUUUGUGGAACAAACGACGUGAGGAAGACAACGAAAACGACGAGGAGGAGGAGGAGGUGGAGCGAGAACCGGACGAUGAUUUGAGGUGGUGGAAGUCGAGUGAGGACAAGCGCACGUGGGAGCGACACUAUUGGCAAGCUGACGCAGCGUUUCGGAGACGAUUUGGCUGCGCGAUUGACACGCUGACGCAUCCUGAGAUCCAAAACAGUGCGGGACGAGGAGAGGCUUGGUGGAGGACGGCCAAGUUCGUGCUGGCCAGUCUGGUGCUUGUGUGUGUUCUCGUGCAAGUAGCACUUGUGGUGUCUGCCUCGUCGUCGAUGUUGUCGAUGACGACGGGGCGAGAGUUGGCAGUCGAGAAUGAUGCUGCUCUGGGGGAUGCGUGUAGUGGCAGUAGUGAGGGCAAGGGUGGUGGUUCUACUAGCACGAAGAGCGAUGGGCAAAGUGGCGCAGACUUAUGGCCGUCCGAUCCGUUUCUGGUUCCCGAGUACGUGCACACUGGACUCCGUCUAUGCGCAAAGCUCUCUCGACGCGUGGUCGAGUCCGAACACGAUACCGUGGCCACACAACAUGCUUUGCGUGCAUGCAAUAUCGCUGCGAAUUUUGCACCAGAGAGUUCACGCGAAUCGAUUGAGGCGCACGUACUUCGCGGGGACCUGCACAGUCUGCUUUUACGUUACGACCGCGCUGAGGAGGACUACAAGAGUGCAGCAACGGCGGUCCGAAGCAUUGCCAGGGGCACUACAAACACAUUGCCACUGAUGGAAGACCUGGACAUCAAAAUACUUGCUAAUCGCUGGACGCAGCUGUUCGUGACAAAGAGGUAUGAGGAAUUGAGACGCGAGGCCAAAGCCCGGGUGACCCGAAACAGUUUUGUCAGCGCAGCGAGUAAUCUUGAGCAUGCUGCGAGCGAGCUGGCAGUAGAUUGGCUUCGUGCGUUCCGACAGGAGAAACCGAUACUGGAAGUACUGACACUGCAGCGUGGCUGGACGCUGCGUGGUCUGGAGUACGAAGCCUUUGACGGUGCUCUGACAAGUGUAUGA